GAACAGGAGUAGCUGCUGAAGGUAGAGCAGAGUGAGCAUUUCUGUUGGGAAGAUGGCCAGAUGGAGUGUGUGGCGCAGAACUGUGACGCUGCCCCUGUCCUGCAGAGAAGGUCAGGCAACAUUAGGCCUGCGCUGCAGCAGCAGUGUGCCAGUGAUCAAACAGGCGUUCCCAGAGAGCGGCAGCGUCGUCAGGCCUUUCGGUGAGAUUCCUGGGCUGUGGAAGAAUGGACUGGCCAACUUGUACAAUUUCUGGAAACAAGAUGGCUUCAGAAACCUUCACCGCAUUAUGGUGCAAAACUUCAACAAGUUUGGACCCAUCUACAGAGAAAAAAUAGGUCAUUAUGAAAGUGUAAAUAUCAUCAAGCCUGAGGACGCUGCCACCCUCUUCAAAGCUGAAGGCCAUUAUCCAAAGAGGCUGAAAGUGGAAGCGUGGACAGCCUACAGAGACUACAGGAAUCGCAAAUAUGGAGUUUUACUCAAGAAUGGAGAAGACUGGAGAUCAAACCGAGUGGUUCUCAACAAGGAGGUGAUCUCCCCCAAAAUAAUGGAAAACUUUGUACCUUUGCUGGAUGAAGUGGUACAGGAUUUUGUGGCCAGAGUUCACAGGAAGAUAAAGGGAAGUGGCCAAAACAAAUGGACAACCGACCUCUCUCAAGAUCUCUUUAAAUAUGCACUAGAAUCGGUGAGCUCGGUGCUGUACGGCGAGCGUCUGGGUUUGAUGCAGGACUACAUUGACCCUGAAGCUCAACAUUUCAUUAACUGCAUCACGCUCAUGUUCAAGACUACCUCACCCAUGCUGUACAUGCCCCCCGGUCUGCUGAGACUGGUUGGAGCCAAGGUGUGGCGGGACCACGUGGAGGCUUGGGAUGGGAUCUUCAACCAAGCGGACCGAUGCAUCCAAAACAUCUACAGGCAGUCGCAACAGGAGACUGGAAAUCCGCAGAAAUACCCAGGGGUCCUAGCCAGACUUCUAAUGCAGGACAAGCUCUCCAUCGAGGACAUCAAGGCCAGCGUCACUGAGCUGAUGGCCGGGGGAGUAGAUACGACUUCUAUAACGCUGCUGUGGACGUUGUACGAACUGGCCAGGCACCCCAGCCUCCAGGAGGAGCUGAGGGCGGAGGUGGUCGCAGCUCGGGCUGAAAGCCAGGGAGACUUGAUGGGGAUGCUGAAGCGGAUUCCCCUGGUUAAAGGAGCUCUGAAGGAAACACUGAGGAUACACCCAGUCGCAGUGAGCUUGCAAAGAUACACCACAGAAGAUGUCAUCCUUCAAAACUAUCACAUUCCAGCCGGGACUUUAGUUCAGUUGGGACUUUAUGCGAUGGGAAGAGAUCCCAAGGUGUUUCUUCGUCCGGAGCAGUAUCAGCCGUCCCGCUGGCUGAGGACGGAGGUUCACUACUUCAGAAGCCUCAGCUUCGGCUUUGGCUCCCGUCAAUGUUUGGGACGCAGAAUAGCAGAGACAGAGAUGCAACUCUUCCUCAUCCAUAUGCUGGAGAACUUCAGAGUGGAGAAACAGCGGCACGUGGACGUGCAGAGUACCUUCGAGCUCAUUAUCGUACCAGAGAAGCCGAUUAUUUUGACUUUGAAACCGCUGCAAACGAGUCGGUAACACUGUAUUUGUUACUUAACUUACUUACUUAACAUUUUUGGAGCGUGAUAAAGUCAGGUUCAUUUUUGUAGAUCUUUAUCACAAAUGAUUGUAAAGGCCUGAUAAUAUAAUACAAUAUAAAUACUAAAUACAAUCUUCCAACCUGAUAUGUUGACAGAAAGCAAGAAUUAAGCAUUAGGAAAGAAAACAGCAUAAAUGUGCAUGUACGAAUUACCUCAGUAAUUUGAUAACUGGUGAAUAAGCAAUUAAAUGUAUUGUACUUACAUUACUUAGUAAUGAUUGAAAUGUGUAGUCUGUGAGAGUCAGUACAAUGACAUGACAUGACAUGCACCUUUAUUUCAUGUGUAAAUGCCCAAAAAAUUCGCAAAUGAAUAAAAGAGUUCAUAAACCGUA